CAAUCCGAACACAAUUUUUAACAAAAAAAAAACAUGUCCACUCCAACCACACUAUCAUCAUCGCCACUCUAUCUCUCGUCAAAACCCAUUAAAGAUUGCAAUUCCCCAAAUUCCUUAAUUUCAUUCUCAAAACCUCAUUUCUCACUUCAAUCUUUAUCGUUUCAUCCUUCAUUUUCACUCACUUUCAACCCAUCAAGAAACCCAAAGACCUUCAUCUGCAACAGUUCUUCUACUGUAUCAACAAACACCACUAAUUAUGAGUUUUCUGAUGGUUCAGAUGAGGUAGAAUUGAGAUUGUUUAUUGGAGAUGAAAGUAUUCAGAGCUCAAAAGAUGUGCUUGUUGAUGCUGAUGAGAAUUUCAUAACGAUCAAGACAAGACAGGAUGGAUCAUUUAGAACUGCCAUGGAACUUAAUCUUUAUGGAAGGAUAAAACCAGCAGAAACAAUAUGGCUGUUAGAUGAUGAUCAACUGGUUGUUAAUCUGAAGAAGCAAGAUCCCGAGAUGAAAUGGCCUGAUAUCACGGAAACAUGGGAGUCCUUAACGGUUGGAGUUGCACAACUUCUGCAAGGAGUGUCUGUUUUUUUAGUUGGAGAAUUCUCUGAAAUUAAUUAUAAAGUUUCUCGGGAGCUGGCAGUUGGCCUAGGAUAUACACCACUCGAUACAAGAGAGCUGCUUGAAACUUUUACCAAGCAAACAGUUGAUUCAUUGGUGAUUGCAGAAGGGUCUGAUGCUAUAGCAGAAGUAGAGAGUGCCAUCUUGGAAAGCCUAAGCAGCCAUAUACGUUCAGUUGUUGCUACCAUAGGAGGGCAACAUGGUGCUGCUGCAAGAGGUGAUCAAUGGAGGCAUCUUUACUCGGGAUUUACCGUCUGGCUUUCUCAAUCUGAAGCUAAAGAUGAAGCUGCAGCAAAAGAAGAGGCAAGGAUAACCAUUCAGAGCGGUAGCCAGGGUUUCACCAAUGCAGAUGUGGUAGUCAAGCUCAGUGGCUGGGAUCCGGACUACUCAAAAGCUGUGGCACAGGCUACACUGAGUGCCCUCAAGCAGUUAAUCUUGUCCGACAAAAAGCUUCCAGGUAAGAAGGGUCUUUACAUUCGGUUAGGAUGCAGGGGUGAUUGGCCAGACAUCAAACCUCCGGGGUGGGACCCAUCAACCGGAACAGUUGCUAAGGGCACCAGUUUUUGCUUGAGAAUGCAAACCGUUGAACGUAACAGCUAGAAACGAGCGUCUUUAUGUAUGUACUUUUGGGUUUCACUCCCAAAAUGUUGUGAAUGUGUAAGCAAAGUUUCAGACUUUAAAACUGGAGAGAUUGCAUAGACUAUGUGUCAUGAGGGCUGGUCAAAACAGUUUUUUGGAGAACUAAAAUAUGAGAGAUAUUACCACA